AUGUACGUGUUUCUUUUCGGUGCCUUUCUUUCGUUUGGAGUCGGCUAUAUUGCCCGUAACCUCGAUCUCGUUAAUAGAUUUUACGAAAGUUUUAGCAACAUAUCCUCGACAACUCAUAAGCAGUAUCUGCUAGUUGUGCUUUUGAUUCUAAGUCUUCUUUUCCUGGCGAUUCUCAUACCUCUUUAUCGCAUAGUCGAAUACGAAUCGAAAUCGGACUUCAGCAAGAGAGCAUUUGAAGAGACGUGGCAGUUUCUAAAUGGCUGGAAUGUUAGAAGCUUUACUAUUUGUGUAGCUGGAGUGAUCUCAAAUGUAAAGCUUGAAGACCUAGAUGCGGCGAUUUCAGCACUGAAGAGCAAUCGUUACCCAUUGUUUGCUUCCAUGGAUGAUGUGUGGGGAGCUCCUCCCACUGUUCUUG